AUGAAGCUUGACCAGUUCCUCGCCAUGGACGUUGGCAGCGACGACGACGGAUUUCUUGAUUUGCGUGCGCUCGAGUACAUCGCCGACUAUGACGACCAUCUGAUGUGCCCGAUCUGUCACUGCCCGUUCAUCCGACCCGUGCGCCUCGAAUGCGAUCACGUCUUUUGUCAGACUUGCCUAAAUUCCGCUAUCAGGAGCUUCGCGACAGGUCGCGAUGGCUUUACCUGUCCGACGUGCCGAACCCCUACGAGAGAUGUCUACCUUAACGUUCCUCGGCUCUUGACGAAUAUGUGCGAUGAGAUACCGGUGCGGUGUCCAUUUUCGAGUGAAGGGUGCAAGGAGAUCAUUCCGAGGGGACACAUCCAGUCACACGCAGACAAGUACUGUAGAUACAAGUUGAUGGAUUGUCCAAUCGCUUCUUGCGAUCUGAGGACUCGGAAGAAGGACCUUAGCCCGGAGGAUAAGUGCAUGCACGAACUUCAUAAGUGUCUGCGCUGCGAUGAGGAUAUCAUGGAACAGGACUACGAGGAACAUGUUCAAGAGCUAUGCCCUAGCCUCAAGACAACCUGUCCAGAUUGCCAGGUCACCGUCUUCCGAAAAGCCCUCCGCGAACACAUCGAAGCCUGUCCCGAGGCAAUCCACCCCUGCGCUGCCUCUAAAUACGGCUGUCCUAUCAAGAUGAAGCGCGCGGAGUUAGGAACCCAUGAGCAAAAUUGCCCCCUCAUCACAAUAGGACCCUACUUUGAAGCACAAAACUCCCGCCUCGACUCCAUGGAACUCACAGUCCGCCAUUUACAACAGCGCAAUGAGAUCUUCGAGGACGGCCUCGCCUCUAUUCGCUCAACACUCGUCGAAUCAUCCCGUGCCUUUUCAGCCCAUCAUAAUAACACCGCUACGAAUAAUACCAAUGAUACCCCAGACGCACCCUCCGCCUCUAAUUCCCGCUCAAACCCUCGAUCAUCAACAAUAACAGACGAUUCCGCAACACCCCUCUCAAAUGCAACAACCUACCUUCUCUCCCUCCACGAAUCGCUCCGUGAGGAAGUCGCCCAACUUUCCCACGCAAUCACAGACCUCGACGCCCGUGCGAGCAUGGCCAUAAUGAACGAAUGCCUCCGGCUGAAGGAGGACAUGGCCCAUACAAAUGCCGCUGUCAAUAGUGUCCGCAUGCAGGUACAGUGGCUUAUGAAUCCGCGGCUGCACCAGGGUCAACGCGCCGCUGCUGCCGGUGCGUCAACCGGAGGUCAAAGCUCCGGUGAUGGGAGAGCUGGGAGUGCGGCGGCCUUGCUGAGGUCGAGGAGGUUGAGUGAUACGGGGAGGGAGGGGACGAAGCUUUGA